AUGGAAGACUUACAAUUAAAUAUAUCUACAACAAAAAAGAAAAAUAGCUCAUCUGGCCGUCCUUCUCCAAAAACAUCGUCAGACUACAAGUUUUUGGCUAAGCCAAACUAUUCGGGAAAGAUAAUAGCCAGAAAAAGGCCUCAAAAUGGAAUUCCAAGGAAGUUUAUUGAGAAAUAUUCAGAAGAACCUAAAAAUAAAAUAGCUAAGCUAUCAGAUAAUAAUGUGACAAAGCCUCAUGAUCUACAGUCAAAACUACGUGAUUUAAGUGAGAAUAAAGGAAAAUUUCAUGGUAGAAAUUACCAAGAUGUAACAGAUGACCUUGUUUUAAAACAAAAACAGAGAAGUGGUGCUUGGAUAUCAUCAUUAUUCAAGAAUAAUCCUGAUGUUCCCCGAAUGGGACAAAGAGCUGUAAAGCCUGUAGUGGAAAAAGUAUUUGCUGGAAGAACAUUUCAAGAUUUAAAUUUGCAUCCCCAUAUAGUUUCUAAUAUGAAACAAAAUAUGAAUUUAACGGAGCUAAUGACAGUGCAGCAAAAGGCGAUUCCUGUGAUUUUGGAGGGCCGGGAUGUGUUGAUUAGAUCUCAAACAGGCUCAGGAAAAACCUUAGCUUAUGCAUUGCCAAUAAUUGAAGGUUUGCAAGCUAUAAGACCUAAAAUAAAUAGACAUGAUGGUAUAAGAGUUGUGGUUGUUGUGCCCACUCGAGAACUAGCUGUGCAGACAUAUGAACUAUUUGAAAAACUUCUUAAGUCAUUCAUAUGGAUAGUACCUGGGUUAUUGAGUGGAGGUCAAAAAAGGAAGGCAGAAAAGGCAAGAUUAAGGAAAGGGUUGACAAUACUUGUUGGAACUCCCGGUAGAAUCAAUGACCAUCUCAGGCACACACAUUCAUUAAAUUUUGCUAAACUUGGGUGUUUAAUAUUGGAUGAAGCUGACCGACUAUUAGACAUGGGUUAUGAGAAAGAUGUAGCUGCAAUUGUGAAAGCUAUUGAAGACCAUAAAAAGGCAGCCACAUACGAUCCUAUGGCUUUAGUUAAACAGACAAUAAACAAAGCACCUGAAAAAGAGGAGACACUAAUUGAAGAUCCAAAUAAAGAAGAAAUGGGUGAUAAACACCCAUUAACAGAUGUGUUUUUGUCUACUGAAAGACAGACAAUAUUGCUGUCCGCUACUUUAACGAAGGCUGUAGAAAACUUAGCUGGAAUCACAAUGAAAGAACCUGUCUUCGUAGACACAUCAGAUGGUAAAGCAGUUGUAGCUGAUUCACUCAAACCUAAUAAGAAAGAUGAAGUUAAAAGUCUAAAAAUCGCGGCACAACCAGAAGCAGUGAGUCCGGAAAUUAAGUUAACUAAACAAAAAUCUGACGAAAUCUCAAAUAAUGCUAAAGGAAACGCCAACACUGGCAUCAAAGCAUUCAGUGGUGCAAAUCAUCCAGAAAUAUUUGGUACCGAGACAACAGAAAAUAAACAUAAACCGAAAGAUGACAAAAAUGAUAGUGAUUCUGACUCAGAUUAUGAAUACUUUAAAGUACAAAAAGAAUUAGGCGAAGACAAGAAGAAUGAAACAAAAAAAGUUGACGAAAAGGAAGAACAAGAGGAACAGCCAAAUAUGUUUGAAAAUGCUUUAAAAACAGCAAUAGUUGAAGAUGAACUAGUCCUGCCAUCCACAGUUAAUCAGACAUUUAUAUUGAUACCUAUGAAAUUGAGAUUAGUUUCACUUUGCUCUCUAAUCGUUGAACAUUGCAUUUUAAACAAAAAAGGAGGGAAAAUGAUCGUGUUUAUGGCAACAUUAGAAAUGGUAGAUUAUCAUUCUGAAUUGAUUGAAACUGUUUUGAGUGGAAAGGAUGGCAAAAAAAGGAAGCAAAAGAAGGGGAAAAGUGAUGAAAAGGCUAAAAAGAAGAAAGGUGAUGAUGAAGACAAGGACGAGGAAUCAUCAGACGAGUACGAAAUAGAUUAUCAAGCACCUGCCGAAGGUGGCCUUGUUCCAAUGGAAGUCGAUGUAUUCAGCCUACACGGCUCCAUGCCUCAUGAGCAGCGAAUGGAAGUUUUCAAACAAUUCCGUACUGCAAGAAGAGGUGUGUUAUUCUGCACGGACGUAGCAGCACGAGGCAUUGACGUGCCCCGAGUGGACUUGGUGCUACAAUAUUGCGCCCCAGCAUCGGCUACAGAUUAUGUACACAGGGUGGGUCGUACGGGACGCGCGGCUCAAGUGGGGGCUGCGACUAUGUUCCUGCUUCCAAGCGAAGCGGAAUUUGUCAGACAUUUAGAACAGAAGAGAAUAAGAUUACGUCAAACGGACGAGUCAAAAGUAUUGGAAUCUCUUCGCUCUGUGGCACCAACCGCGCAUACCGUGCAACGGGCGGCGAUAGCUGUUCAAGCUAAAUUGGAAAACACAGCUCAUUCCUCGAAAGAUUGGUUAGCGAGGGCUAGUAGAGCCUAUACAUCCUGGGUUCGAUUCUACUCCGGGUACCCACGUGAAGUUCGACCCUAUCUUGAUGCGCGGCAACUUCAUUUGGGUCACGCUGCCAAAUCUUUCGCAUUAAGAGAAGCCCCGGGUGCGCUCGCGAAGAGGGCCAGAUCUGACCUAAAUUUGAAGAAAGAAAGACCAAUGAACCGGCUUUCUGUGAAAGAAGAGGAAGAGAAGAAAAGACCAGGGUUGCCCAAAAUGAAGCCUGGAGCGUUCGGAAGCAAAAUUGUCUACAAACAGAAUUCCAUGCACACGGCUAGUGAGUUCGACAGUGGCCUUCCUCCACUGGAUAAUUACACUAAGAAGAAAAAGAAAUAA